ACUUGUUCCUUUCAAACGAAAACAAACAGUCGCGAUUGAUGGAGAAUAAUGAAUAAUCAAUGUUAUUAUCGAUUGGAAAAAAGUGAUUUUGUUAUUCACAGUUUAAUUUGAAGUGAAAUUUUACCGGAAUAUUGGUGUUACUUCUGGUAAAGUUUGCGGUGAAUUUGAGGAUAUUAGGAAAACGCCAAAUCUCAGGUGCAAUUGGCUACCAUAGCAGACGAGCAACAUGGCAAACGACAGGGAAAUCCUGCGCGAGAUCUGGGAAGGCAAGAUACCGGUCCACUUUCAGCUCUCGACCGAUGAAACAGACGUGGAACCGGAUGAGUUUUUUCUGCUGAUUCCCCGGUGUAGCUACUUUCCGCUGGUGACGGAUAAGGUUCGAAAGCAUUUUCUCCGGUUUGUUUCAAAUGAGCUCCAGGACGGCGAAAUGUGGAUGGACAGCAAUGGAAUACCUCUCAAAUGGCACUAUCCCAUUGGUGUUCUCUUCGAUCUGCUUGCUGGUGGUGAUGUGAAUUUACCGUGGAACAUAACGGUGCAUUUCUCCAAAUUUCCUGAAGAAGUACUUUUUCGAUGUCCAAACAAGGACAUCGUGGAAGCCCAUUUCAUGUCUAGUCUGAAGGAGGCCGAUGUGCUGAAACAUCGCGGCCACGUCGUAUCUGCCAUGCAGAAGAAGGACCACAAUCAACUUUGGUUAGGAUUAGUUAAUGAUAAGUUUGACCAGUUUUGGGCCGUCAACCGUCGCCUGAUGGAACCGAUUCCGGACCAGGAUAGCUUCAAGUACAUUCCAGUCAGAUGUUACGCAGAUGACGGCACCUACCAGCAAAAGCUAGUCGCCCCGAGCACAGAGGCAGGUCAGAAACGUACCCUCCAGGAUCUGCUCGAGGACUUCUCGACAUCUGUCCGGAAAGCAGUGGAAGCCCGGACUCAUGGAAUCUGCCUGCCAGAUAGUACACCACUCCAGUGGCUCUCGGAACACCUUAGCUAUCCGGACAAUUUUCUGCACCUCUGUGUUACGUUUGCCUAGACAAACCAUUGGCAAAUGAUGGCUGCUGCAGCAUUCGGAACAAGACAAAAAAAAUCCUAACCAAGUCACAUGAGGAAUGAACUUCCCAUUCUAAGCUGAGCUGGUGAACACACAAGAGUAAUUAGAAGUGACAGCCUACUACCUACUAUUUAUCAUCCGUCAAACUGAAAAAAAAACUGCUACGGGGGGUCUCCUUAAAAAAAUCGAAAGAAAAAUCUUUCGGCGGAAAAAGAUCCACCAAGCGCCCGUAUGUGUAGGUGUUUGUGUUCAUACGUUAAUCUCUCUCAUUUUUCCCCCUUGACUAGCAUACGUAUCUAUACAAGCAACUACCUAUCUAGUAGUCAGCGCAUUAUUAUGGACGAAGACGACGAUGACGCCUGCUAAGACUAAAUAUACAUUUCUAUCAUUCUAUUACUUUUCACUUCGCUGAUACACAGUUGAUAAACAUGAAGAAGAAAAAUCGAAAACAAAACAAGACAUUUAUUCGCGUGAAAAUAAACAAACAACCCAAAAAAUCAUCUAUAUGUAUGAGAAUAAACUGUAAGGUAAUUAAAA